UACUAUGAGAGUGAGAGCUAAGUGACAGAAUGGCUCCACUGGCUCAUAGUAUCUUAGUGACGGGCUCCAACCGGGGAAUUGGGAUGGAACUAGUGAGACAGCUUGUUGAGAUGACAGAUCCUCCAGAGCACAUCUUUGCAACCUGCCGGAAUCCUGAUGGACCCCGAGGAAAGGCUCUGCAUGAUCUGGCUGAUAAGCACCCCAACAUUCAUGUGGUUCAGCUAGAGGUGGAGGAUCAGUCCAGUGUGAAAGCCGCUGUGCCAGUGGUGGAAUCUCACCUGAAGGGUAAGGGCCUCAACCUUCUCAUCAACAAUGCAGGCAGGAACUCCUGUACUCUAUUGCUGGAGGAUGUGGAUCAGCAAGAUAUGCUAUCUGAUUUCAGCACCAAUGUAGCGGGGCCCAUCAUUGUGGUCAAGGAAUUCUUGCCUCUGCUGAAGAGGGCAGCCACAGAGACAACCACAGAGGAGCUGAGCUGCAGGAAGGCAGCCAUUAUCAAUGUAUCCUCCCUAAUAGGCUCCAUUGGAGGCUUUGAUGUUUCAGUACCCCCAAUGUACUCAUACCGUUCAAGCAAGGCUGCUUUGAAUAUGAUAACCAUCUGCCUUUCUGUGGAACUGAAAAAAGAUGGGAUUCUGUGCACUUCAGUCCAUCCUGGCUGGGUGAAAACUGACAUGGGAACAGAAAAGGCACCCCUGACUGUGCAGUGCAGCGUGCAAGGCAUCCUCAAGGUGCUGGCUAAUUUAUCGUCGUCAUCAACUGGAGCUUUUCUGGAUUGGAAAGGGAACAGCAUUCCUUGGUGAGGGGACUCUGGACAGAGAUCCAGCACUGGCGCUCAGGCCUUGAAGCACCAACCGCAGUACCCCAAGGUCUUUUGCUGCCUGAAGAAGAAAGCUUGGAUGUCACCCUCCAAACCCUCACCCCUUGCUAGGGCCAAGGCCAACACUUAAAAAAGAAUGGCUGCAGCAUUCAGACGUCAGUCUUCAUCUAUCCUCACCUCUUAAUGCUGUCAGCCCCCUUGACUGCCCACAAGCUGAGCCUCAAAAUACUGAGAAUCUUUAAAAUGGUGGGCAUUUUAAAAACCGCUGGUGGUUAGUUCUUUGCCUUGUAGUUUUAGGCACAGCUUAUAUUUUCUGCUUUCAACCAGGAGAUGGAGGGCGUUAGGCAAAAAAUCACCACAAACAGACAGGCCUGCUCUUGGCUUAACUGGUCUCCUUCCCCACAGCGUCCAUGCAAGUGCAUUAUGAGUGAAACCCUUCUAAUAUGUCAAGAAACUCUUUUUAAAAAAAUCUCGUUCGCCCCCACCAGUGUUUUGAAAAUUCUGUUUUUCAACCUGUUUCUCCUGUUCUGUGUCCUGUCAUCACCUAAAUAUACAAUUUAUAUUUCCUCAUCAA